AGAUGAUUAUUUUAUUGUUUUAAUAUAUGUAAGGCCCUGUUAUUUUGUUAACUAGUACUUACAGUAUUAUAAAUUUAAAAUUUUCAUGAAAAACCACAAUCUAUAAAUUCACUUUCACUCUAGUCAAUAGGCAACAUUAUACCACCGUUUUCUUUUUAUUCUUUUUAUUACAAUUAUUAUUAUAAAUGUAUAACAUUAGGACAGAUCUUCAAUAGCAUGAGUUAAAAUAAUAUUAAAGCAAGUAUAGUCAUAUCUCAAAUUGUUUUUCUAAUUAAUUGACCCUUUUAAAAAAAAUACAAAAUAAAAUAACAGAAGGGCCAGUUGACUUAUUCUUUACACUAUCACACUCUGAUUCUCGCCACAUCCUGUAAAAACAAACUGAAAUACAUGUCUGUCUGAACCACAGGACUAGAUCACACGCUCAGCUAGACAGAAAUGGCUUAUGUAUGCAAAAAGCUUUUGCAAAAGUAUUAUCUUAAUUCUGGUGAUGUAUCGGGUUAUGAAAGAAUUACUACAUAUUUCUAGGAAUUCCUGCUGUGUUUUAUAUAGCGGCUAAAUUUGUUUAAAUAAUAGAUGAAUAAAUAGUGGUUUUAUCACUAUACAGAUUGGCAGCAACAAUGACUUUGUUUCUGUUCUUUAGCAUUUCUUUCAUAAAAUAUUUUGAAAUACAUUUCAUAGGAACUUGACUUUCUGCCAACAUCAGAGUUGUUGAACUACAUUCAGGUAAUUUACAUAUCAAUAAAGAGCCUAAAAGAUCUCCUUAAGUAUAAAAUUUCCCUUUAUAUUCCUUUAACAUGUUGAUACAAAUUUUGGACUUAGGUCUUCGACUCUAAAUAUACAGCCUUAUAUUUUCAAAGGCACUGCAUUUAUAUAAGUUGCUUUUAUUCGGUGAAGUCAUAAAGAGAAUAUUUCGGUCAUAAAAAAUAGAUAAAAUUAGAUGUGAGAUUAAAAGUGAACAUGAGCUUGUAAAGAAAUAAUUUAAUCUAUCUAUCUAUCUAUCUAUCUAUCUAUCUAUCUAUCUAUCUAUCUAUCUAUCUAUCUAUCUAUCUAUCUAUCUAUCUAUCUAUCUAUCUAUCUAUCACAUCUAAACCUCAAUAAAUAAUCAGUAAACUCAGACACUAUUUGAUGACUAGUGGCCUAAACCACGACUUAAAGUAAAUGAUUUUAUAUAUGAUUCUGUCAUGUACAUGAUUCAUAUGUCUAUUUUAUUUCUUUUUACAGAACAUAUGACUUUGGAGAUAAAAAAAACAUUACUAAAAUGAAUAUAAUGGGAAGCAUCAGUCUGUUCCUUCUGCUGAUUUACUGUGUAACCGUGUGCUUGGCUUUCCUGCCCAAUUUCUGGUCUCGUGUGCUGACAUUGUCAUGGAACUCUUAUACACACCAGUAUAUGACAGAGCAGGCUCUUCUCAACGUCACCAUGGAGACGAUUAACAUGAUGCCUGAACACUUUAGAGGUCAGGAGCAGGUUGACCUGGGUCGGGCGUUUUGGAAAUCAGUGUCUGAGGUGGUCAGUGCCAAUGCUGAAAUGGACUUCCUGAGCUCUACACGAUCUGACCCGGUGUAUCACUUUGACUCUGAGAAAGUAGAAGAAAGCACAGCGAUGUUACGGGACUUCUGGAAGCAGGCGGUUCUGUUGACUCAGAAGAAGGAUUAUCAGGGAGCAAGAUAUAUCCUGGGACAGGUCCUGCAUGGCUUACAGGACUUUUAUAGCCACAGCAACUGGGUGGAAAUGGGACAGCGCACUGAGUACCUUCAUUUGUUGCAUCCUGAAGAGCCUGCAGUACCUGUAGCUUCAGAGGACACUCCUACCUGUGCUCCGUGCCAUCGAUACAGUUGUUAUAAUAAUAUUUUGGAAGACCUUGUAAGGGGUCCACCAGACCCUCUCCUGACAACUGGAUAUUUCAGCACUUACCCAGCCAAACCUAUAGGGAAGUGCAGCCACGGCGGUGUUCUAGACAGCAGUCGUCACCAGGCAGCCGAAGGUGGCAUUAACAAGGACAGCACUUCCCCUUUCUUCUCCCCACACCACUUCCUCCACAAUGAAGCUGCGCAGCUUGCUUCCAAGGCAACUCUCAGAGUGCUCCGUGACCUCAGAGAUGAAGUGGGGCCCAAGAACUUUCUCAGGUUCCUCAGUGUCAAACAGCCUCCAGCCCUGGUGUUUGUCAUAGACACUACAGGUAGCAUGUUUGAGGAGAUCACAGCUGCUCGUCUCCGUGUCCUGUCCAUCAUUCAGGCACGAGCAAAGAAUCAAGAUCCUGGGCUUCCUGGCACUUUUCUACUCAUCCCCUUCCAUGACCCGACUGUAGGCCCAGUUUUAGAGACAGAUGAUCCCAGUGAGUUCCAGCAGUUCAUGGAGAAUUUAAUGGCGCUUGGUGGAGGAGAUGAACCGGAGAUGUGUCUCUCUGCUGUUCAGCUGGCUCUUAUCCAUAGUCCACCUCUGUCUGAGAUUUUUGUUUUCACUGAUGCGUCCCCUAAAGACAGCCACUUGUACAGCACUGUCAAAGCUCUCGUUUUAGAAAAGCAGAGCAAGGUGACCUUCCUUUUAACCGAAGACCCACAUCAAAGUGACAGAAUGACUAGAAAGAGAAAGAGGAGAGCGACCUUGUCUCCUGACAGAUUCUCUCUGUACUCCUCUCUGUCCUCAUUAUCUGGAGGGAUGACCAUCUUCACCACUAACAAGGAUAUUCAUAAAGUUUCAGCAAUCGUGGAAGACAGCACUACUUCCAGCAAGGUGACACUGUUUCAUGCAGUAAGUGAAGCUGAUUCAUUACAUUCCUUCACAGUCGACCAGCAAGUCAGAUCUGUUCGAAUCCAUGUUGCUGGAAAACUAACACGGUGUGUCCUAAUCAGCCCUACAGGAGCUCAUCAGUCUUUUUUUAGUGAAACAGGUCCUCUAGGUGAGCUGGAUCAGUCUGAUGGUCUGUACCGAAUCAAGCUUUUACCGCCUGUAUCAUCUGGCCAAUGGCACUUCAACAUCACAUCCCAUGGACCAAUCACAUUUAAUGUCUUGGCAGAGGCAAAUGAGACACAUCCAGGGCUAAGAAGACUAGAAGGCAGUCCUAUUGCAGGUGUACCAGCAUUUUUAGUGGUGACUGUAACAGGCCUGGCCACCAAUGAUGAAGCCACUUUUAGUCAUGUGACCUUGCUAGAGUCCAAUGGCGAAUACUUUCAGAAGGUAUUAUUGAAUUCUUCCAAUGGUUCAGGAGAGGAGCUGAUUGGGUUCAUCGAGUCGGUUCCCAGGAAGCCCUUUAGCGUGCGUCUCUGUGGUAAAGACAGAAGGGGGAAUGAGCUUGAGAGAGUUUCCACUGAGAUGGUUCAGCCCACACAUGUACAUAUUAUGGUGCUGUCAACUCCUCAACUUCUUCCAGGUCAUCACUCUACAAUUUUGUAUGAAGUGUUUAAUCAUGGUCCUGCCCGUCAUUUCAUAUUGACAGCUGAAGAUGACCUUGGCUUCCUCUCGCAUGGCAAACAUCAUAGGUUGUUCAUCGGCGAGAGAGGAUCUGUUAGGGAGGAGGUCAAGCUGAAGACUCCACACUCCACCCAGGCAGGUCAGACACUUACAGUGACCCUCACAGUCCAGGCACAUGACUCACCAGAUUCCAACUAUGCUGUUGUAUAUCUGCUGGUUUUACCAGAGGAGCCUGAUACGUCUCCUCCGUCAUGUUCUGUAGUGUACAUGGAGUCAAACUGUCCUCCUUUACCUCAGUGUUUUCUGGGUAACUGGAGUGUCUAUCUGACAGUGAAGGACAAGGGGAACUCUGGCCUGGCAAGCAUACAACUCACUGAAGGACAGGGCAGCCUUAUGCUACUCCAUGAGGAGGGAAUUGGGAAAAGUACAAACUCUCUUAUGCAGCUCUCUGAGGAAACAUACGUAAGCAGACUGAAACUGCACCGUGAAGAAGCAACAAGGCAUCAGCUGCAUAAACAUUCAGGAUGGAUCAAGCCGAACGCUCCUAAAAUUACUGAAGACAGAUUAGUUCAUGGCGAACCUCCACUGAACAUUAGUGAGUGGGCUAGGAGAAAGCACAUAAUGCUGUACUAUAUUUCAGACUGCUGUGGCCUUCAGGCUGAGCUGCAUGUGUUGGAUGGAGCAGGCAAUAUGAGGAACUGCAGCCUAGCACGUAGCCAACAGAGGGCGCUGAGAGAGAAAAACUGUGCAGCUAAUGGGCUUACACAUACACUUCUAACUCUUGCUUUAUGGACUUUGUUAGACACAAUUUGUGCAUAGUAAAGCUUACAAUUCAUCACAAAAUGCUUUAAAAUUUUUAAAAUAAACUACACGGGAGAAUGGAGAAACACUGAAACUGUUGGAGAGCAUUUCUAUAGGAGAAUAUUGGGUAGUGUGGUGACCUAAAUCCUAGUGUUGAUGCCUCACUGCUCCAGGGUCAUUGCAUCAUAGGAUUGGAUUUCUGCUACCGUUUCACAUUUACCGUGUUUGCAUCCUAUCCAGGUGUAUUUUUCUCUCCUACACUGUGUUCCUUAGAUAUAUCCUGACCAGGAUAAAGUGGUAACUGACGAUGAAUAAAUAAAUAUUUUACACACAUUAAUGCCUUAAAUAUGUCUGUGAAUUGAUCUGUCAAUAAUGAUUUAUACUUAUAAAUAUAAACAACAUAAAUAUA